AGGUCCGUUUUUGAUAUUUGUAGGGGUCGAUUUAACAAAUAUCGGACCUUUUCAGCUUAUCGUCCCCACUUGACACGAGUUGAUCGAUAUUUCGGUGGUUUAUAACCGCGAGCGAGUAGUCGCGACAGCCCGUCCUACUCACGUCUCACGACUCUCAAGUCUCAGGUGGUUGUCGAUUGUCACUGACAACGAGUCGCCGACCCAAUUUUUUUGACUUUUGACACCCGUUCCUCUCCUCUCGUCCUUUUUUCCCCAUUUGAACCGCAUCCUCCUAGGAUGCCAUUUGGGCCGCCUAGAGUUUCCAAUUUCUCGUGUUUUUAAAUCUUCAACCGCCCGACAGAGACCCGGCCCUUUUCUCCAUCAAUUAUAGCCUGAAAUAAAAGAAAGAAAAAUGAGCAUCAGCCACUCUUCAUCAGAUUCGAGCAGCAAUAGCGACCUGGCACCGGUCGACGAGGUGCACCAGCCACCACCGGGCUGCGAAAAUCUGGCCUUCCUCAGGUCUCUGAUGUCCGACCCUGCUGAAACUGCCACAGAAGCCAUCCAGGCUUACAUCAUCUCAAAUCACGAUGGACACAUGAGUGAAUAUCUCGCUGAGCGAGACAAGCGUCUUAAAUUUAUAACAGGUUUUGCUGGUUCCGCUGGGACUGCAGUGGUGACUGACAAGGCUGCUUUAAUGUGGACAGAUCCUAGGUACUUUAUUCAAGCGAAGAAAGAACUUAGACCUGAAUGGACUCUUAUGAAAAUGGGUGUCCUAGGCGUUCCGAAUGAAGCCCAGUGGUUAUGUGCAAAUCUUCCUGAAGAUUCUUUUGUAGGAGCAGACCCUAAAACAAUUCCUUAUACACUUUGGGUUUCUAUGAAGCUGGAAUUGGAAAAAUUCAAAAUAAACUUGAUUCCAGUCACUAGAAACCUUGUCGACUUAGUAUGGAGUCGUGACAGGCCCAAAGCACCACUAGGCAUGAUAACAACAUUGCCCAAGGAAUAUUCUGGCAUGCUGUCCAGUGAAAAGGUUCAAGCGGUUAGGUCCAAAAUGAAGGAAAAUGGAGUUGAUCUGCUAGUUGUCACUGCUCUGGAUGACAUAGCCUGGCUCUUAAACUUGAGAGGAAGUGACAUUUGCUACAAUCCGGUGUUCUUCGCUUUUGUUGUUUUAUCAAACAGGAAGGUUCAUUUGUUUAUUGAUGAGAAAAAAAUUGAUUUAGCUGUGAGGAAUCACUUUAAUAAAGAAGAUCUCCCUAUAAGUCUGCACCCUUAUGACAACAUUUACUUAUUUAUUAAGAGAGCGGUCGAGUCUGAGACUGGUGGAAUAUCUAAAGUUUGGUUACCAAGUUCAACAAACUUUUGGAUUUAUAAUUCGAUUCCGUCUGAAAAACGUUUUUGCGAGUGUAGUCCUAUCGCCCUCAUGAAAGCCAUUAAAAACGAAGUAGAAGCACAAGGAAUGAAAAAUGCUCAUAUUAAAGACGGCAUAGCACUGUGCCAAUAUUUUCAUUGGUUAGAAAAUGAAAUUAAAAGCGGUACUGUAAAGGAAAUAGAGGCUGCACAUAAAUUAGAAACUUUCCGCAGGCUCGACGAUUCAUACGUUGGACCAAGUUUUGAAACAAUAUCAGCUUCAGGCCCAAACGCAGCUAUUGCUCAUUACACCCCUAAUCCAUCGAGCAACAGAACUCUAUCAGUUGAUGAAAUUUACCUUUGUGACACAGGUGCACAAUUUAAAGAUGGAACAACUGAUGUUACUCGUACCAUGCACUUUGGGAACCCUGAUUAUUUUCAAAGGGAGUGCUUCACACGAGUCUUCAAAGGUUUGGCUCAUUUGACCACGUGUAAAUUCCCCACUAAAAUUAAGGGAAAUACGUUGGAUGUAUUAGCCCGGAAGUAUCUCUGGGAUGUUGGGCUAGAUUAUGGACAUGGCACUGGUCAUGGAAUCGGUUCAUUUCUAAAUGUCCACGAAGGUCCGAUGGGCAUUUCUUGGAGGCCUUAUCCUGAUGACCCUGGUUUACAGGAAAACAUGUUCUUAUCAAAUGAACCUGGAUUCUACAGUGAAGGUGAAUUCGGCAUCAGAAUUGAAAACAUCGUUCAAAUAACACCUGCUGCAACUCCUCAUAAUUUUCAAGACAGGGGGUUCUUAACAUUUUCGACUGUUACUAUGUGCCCAAUUCAGACAAAAAUGUUAGUUCUCGACAUGCUGACGGAACAUGAGUUGGAAUUUUUAAAUUCUUACCAUGCUGUUGUUCAUGACACGUUGGGUCCUAUUUUAAAGAAGAAUAAACUUAACGAUGUUUAUGAAUGGUUAAAGCGAGAAACGGCUCCUGUCGAGAGGUUAUCUUCAACUUCAGCAAAAUAAAUACUCCAUACGAUGUAUCAGUUUUACUUGUUUUUAAUUUUUCUACUUAUUCUACAAUACUAAAUGUAAUUAUGAUAAAAAGGGGGAUAAAAUAAAAUGUGGUCUGUAUUUAUCAUACGGUACAACAUUAUAUAUACAUCUUGUGAAAUGAAAUUUCAUCACUUAGUUUUUUAAAAUGAUGCGCUCUGCAUUUAUCAUGGCGGAUCAGUAUCACAUGCGCAUCUUGUGAAAUUGAUGGAAAUUUCGUCACUUAUUUUUGUCUGCUUUAUCUGUCCUGAAAAAAAAAAAA